AUGGCUAUAGACGAAUACCCACUCUACACACCGAUGCCCUCGCUCGGCCACGAGCUAGGACUAAUGUUCGGCUUCCUCUCUCUCUGUAUAGUGGCUAUGGUUGCAUAUAUUGCUCUCUGGCGUGUAUCCCAAACCCGCAUACACGCCCAAGACGUCGCCCGUCGCAAAGCAUACCGCGACAAGAACCCAACCCAGACACCCCUAGGAACAACAACUUCCGUAACAGCAGGUCCACUCCCAAGUCUCAGCAAAGCGAUAAAACCCAACACAGCCGUGCAGGAGAAAAUGCUCGACCGUAUCGGUAUGCCUGUGGACCGUGCCGAGCUUCCUGUCCACGGGAUGGAGACGUACGCGGCUGGGAAGUGGAAUUCGAAAACCCACAUCAAGUGUCCGUUUAGUCGGACUAUGCCGCUUAGUCCUGCUAGUCCUGCUAGUCCGGAGGGGAUCACGCUAGAGUCUAUUGUUGGGGUGGUAUUGGAGGAGAGAAGUUCGAGUCGGAGUCGUUUACAUGUUGAUGAGUUUCGGUCGGCGAGUCCGGCGAGGAGGUUUGGGAGUGGGAUUGGUCCUGCUGUUGAGAUUGGGCCUGCGCCUAGUCGGGAGUAG